AUGGCAUUGGGCGAUCUGAUGACGUCACGGUUUUCAUUGUCGUUGGCGGUAUCCAAUCAUGUCGUCGAGGGCAACGGCAGCAGCAGCGACUACCAUGAGGAUGAUGCUGCUGCUGACGUGGUUUCAAGGAGAGAUUUUGAUACUGCAACCACCAGCAGUUACACCAAUGCCGCUGCCUCUUCCGCCACAGCGCCUACAAGCAUGGCUUACUUGCCUCAAACUAUUGUCUUAUGCGAGCUUCGACAUGCUGCCUUUGAAGCUUCCACGCCUACUGGACCCUCCGAUAGUGGCCUUGUCUCCAAAUGGCGUCCUAAGGACCGAAUGAAGACAGGAUGUGUAGCUCUAGUUUUAUGUUUAAAUAUUAGUGUUGAUCCACCCGAUGUCAUAAAGAUAUCUCCUUGUGCAAGAAUGGAGUGUUGGAUAGAUCCCUUUUCUAUGGCACCACAAAAAGCACUUGAAACUAUUGGGAAAAACUUGAGAGAUCAAUAUGAGAGGUGGCAGCCCAAGGCUCGCUGUAAGGUUGAACUUGAUCCUAUCGUGGAUGAAGUGAAGAAACUUUGUAAUACAUGUCGAAGAUAUGCGAAGUCUGAGCGUGUUCUAUUUCAUUAUAAUGGACAUGGUGUUCCGAAACCAACUGCAAAUGGUGAAAUCUGGCUGUUCAAUAAGACUUAUACUCAGUAUAUUCCCUUACCUAUCAAUGACCUUGAUUCAUGGUUAAGAACACCUUCUAUAUAUGUUUUUGAUUGCUCUGCUGCUGGAAUGAUUGUUAACGCCUUCAUUGAGCUUCUUGAUUGUGGCACUUCUAACUACCCUGGGUCUGCACGAGACUGCAUUCUUCUUGCUGCAUGUGAAGCACAUGAGACUCUUCCUCAAAGUGCUGAAUUUCCUGCUGAUGUGUUUACUGCUUGUCUUACUACACCUAUCAAAAUGGCAUUGAGAUGGUUUUGCACACGCUCAUUGCUUCAUGAGUCUCUUGACUUUUCGCUUAUAGAUAAAAUUCCUGGUCGCCAAAAUGACCGUAAAACACUUUUAGGGGAGUUGAAUUGGAUUUUCACUGCAGUGACAGACACAAUUGCCUGGAAUGUUCUCCCUCAUGACCUUUUUCAGAGAUUGUUUAGACAAGAUUUACUGGUUGCCAGUUUGUUCAGAAAUUUCUUACUUGCUGAGAGGAUUAUGCGCUCUGCAAAUUGUUCUCCAAUUUCUCACCCAGUGUUGCCACCAACCCAUCAACAUCAUAUGUGGGAUGCAUGGGACAUGGCUGCUGAAAUUUGCCUUUCUCAGCUUCCAUCUUUGGUUGAGGAUCCUAAUGCAGAGUUCCAGUCGAGUCCAUUUUUUACUGAACAGCUGACAGCUUUUGAAGUAUGGCUUGACCAUGGAUCUGAGAAUAAAAAGCCACCAGAGCAAUUGCCUAUCGUUCUUCAGGUUUUGCUUAGUCAAUGCCAUCGAUUCCGUGCACUGGUCCUUCUUGGAAGAUUCCUUGAUAUGGGACCCUGGGCUGUAGAUCUGGCCCUUUCUGUUGGAAUAUUUCCAUAUGUUCUGAAGCUGUUGCAAACAACCACACCAGAACUGCGUCAAAUCCUUGUGUUUAUAUGGACAAAGAUUUUAGCACUUGAUAAGUCAUGUCAGGUUGAUCUGGUAAAGGAUGGCGGUCAUGUUUAUUUCAUUAGGUUUCUUAAUAGUGUGGAAGCAUAUCCUGAACAGCGUGCAAUGGCUGCAUUUGUUCUGGCUGUCAUUGUGGAUGGGCAUAGACGGGGCCAGGAAGCCUGUAUUGAAGCAGGGUUAAUACUUGUGUGCUUAAAGCACCUUAAUGGUUCCAUGCAAAGUGAAGCACAAACUGAACCCUUAUUCCUUCAGUGGCUAUGCCUGUGUCUUGGAAAGCUAUGGGAGGAUUUUACUGAGGCUCAAAUGAUGGGUCUGCAGGCAGAUGCACCUACAAUAUGUGCUCGUCUACUUUCUGAGCCUCAGCCAGAGGUUAGGGCUUCUUCAGUUUUUGCGUUGGCUACCUUGCUUGAUGUUGGGUUUGACUCAUUUAGAGAUGGUGUUGGAGGGGAUGAAGAAUGUGAUGAUGAUGACAAGAGUAGAGCUCAGAUUAUUAUUAUUAUUAAAAGUCUUUUGAAUGUUGUUUCUGAUGGAAGUCCUCUUGUCCGGGCAGAAGUUGCUGUAGCUCUAGCACGCUUUGCCUUUGGACAUAAACAGCACCUCAAGUCAAUUGCUGCUGCAUAUUGGAAACCUCAGUCUAAUUCCCUGUUGAAUUCAUUGCCUUCACUGGCUAAUAUAAAUGGAACAGGAAGUGGAAAUAUAGUUUCAUCCCAAAUAGGUCCUUUAAUUCGAGUUGGAAAUGACAACACAGCCAUAGUUCGGGAUGGUAGGGUUUCCACCAGCAGUCCCCUUGCGACUGCUGGAAUCAUGCAUGGAUCACCGUUAUCUGAUGAUUCAUCGCAACAUUCUGAUUCUGGAAUAUUGAAUGAUGGUGUCAGUAAUGGGGUAGUUCAUCAUUCAAGGCCAAAACCUUUGGAUAAUGCAAUGUAUUCACAAUGUGUACUGGCUAUGUGUUCUUUAGCUAAAGACCCAUCUCCACGCAUAGCAAAUCUAGGCCGGCGGGUUCUUUCAAUUAUUGGGAUUGAACAAGUAACAAAAUCUGUGAAGUCUUCUGGUAGCACUGGCCGGCCUGGUGAACCCACAACUUCCUCACCAACUCCAAAUUUUGCUGGACUAGCUCGUUCUUCUUCAUGGUUCGACAUGAAUGGAGGUCAUCUGCCUUUAACAUUUAGAACUCCUCCUGUUAGCCCUCCUCGUCAAAAUUACUUGGCAGGAAUGCGUAGAGUUUACUCUCUAGAGUUCAGGCCUCAUCUGAUGAAUUCUCCAGACUCAGGAUUAGCUGAAUCACUUUUAGGCUCUGGUUCUGGGACUUCAGAGCGCAGUUUACUUCCGCAAUCAACUAUCUACAAUUUUAGUUGUGGCCACUUUUCAAAGCCACUUCUUACUGCAUCAGAUGAUAGUGAAGAACUAUUGGCCAGAAGAGAAGAGCGAGAGAGAUUUGCACUGGAGCAUAUUGCUAAAUGCCAGCACUCCUCUGUUAGCAAACUUAAUAAUAAUAGUCAAAUUGCUUGCUGGGAUACAAGAUUUGAGACAGGCACAAGAACAGCCUUGCUGCACCCUUUUUCUCCUAUUGUGAUUGCAGCAGAUGAGAAUGAACGGAUCAGGAUAUGGAAUUAUGAGGAAGUUGCCCCCCUCAAUGGUUUUGAUAAUCAUGAUUUUCCGGAGAAGGGAAUUUCUAAACUCUGUCUUUUGAAUGAGCUUGAUGAGAGCUUGUUGCUUGUUGCUUCAUGUGAUGGAAAUAUCCGGGUUUGGAAAGAUUAUACAGUGAGAGGCAAACAGAAACUCGUUACUGCAUUUUCUUCAAUCCAAGGUCACAAACCUGGUGUGCGGAGUUUGAGUGCUGUCGUGGACUGGCAGCAGCAAUCUGGAUAUCUGUAUGCUUCUGGAGAGAUAUCAUCCAUCAUGCUUUGGGACCUGGACAAGGAGCAGCUUGUUAAUUCUAUACCAUCAUCCUCGGAUUGCAGCAUCUCAGCACUGGCUUCUUCUCAAGUACAUGGUGGUCAAUUUGCAGCUGGUUUUGUGGAUGGUUCUGUUAGACUCUAUGACAUCCGGACACCUGAGAUGCUGGUUUGUGCAACUAGGCCACAUACUCUGCAAGUAGAAAGAGUUGUGGGUAUUGGCUUUCAACCUGGACUUGAUCAAGGAAAGAUUGUCAGUGCAUCCCAGGCUGGGGAUAUUCAGUUCCUUGAUAUUAGGAGUCAGGGAGAUGCUUACCUUACAAUCGAUGCUUUCAGGGGCUCACUUACAGCUUUGGCUGUUCAUAGACAUGCCCCAAUAAUUGCCAGUGGCUCAGCAAAACAGCUAAUCAAAGUCUUCAGUCUGCAAGGCGAACAACUAGGCUCCAUUCGAUACCAACAUACCUUCAUGGCCCAGAAGAUUGGCUCUGUAAGCUGCCUAACCUUCCAUCCGUACCAAGUACGGCUUGCUGCUGGUGCUGCUGAUGCCUGUGUCUCUAUCUAUGCUGAUGACAACUCUCAGUCAAGAUGA